CUGUGGUAACUAGUACAAUCAUCAUCGUGGCCCUUUGGCUCUUACCUUGAGCAUAAAAGCCUAUGGAGUACAGAUUAAGCUUCUGUUGAAGUGAAACUCAAGUAGAAGAGAAGAAAGUAGAUAGCAACUGAAGAUAGAAGCUGAGAGCUAGUUCAGGCAUUUCUUAUUUUGUGGCUUUGUCCCCAUGUUGCAAGAUCAGUUUUCAUGUGCUUUUGAGUAGUUUAUGGCUUCCAUACUCCUUGAUUACUAUAUUCACAAAAAUCUAUCUUUCUUUCUUUCUCUCUCCUCUCUCUAUCUCUCUCUCUCACCCCAGAUUCUUAAAUUGAACAUAGACUUGAUCCCUCCCAUGAUUCUGUCUGCAGAUCAAGAGUGAAGCUCUGUGCCCACCAAGAUUAAUUAAAUUAGAAAAAUCUCAUCAACCCCAUUUAACUAAGUUCUAUAAUGGAUUACUACAAUUUCGACAAAAAGAAAGCUUUGAGCUUUAAAAGUAUAUUUUGAUACUUUUAGUUGGUGGCUUCGUUUUUUAGUCUCAUUUUUUUUGUUUCCAUUUCUGGGGAUCCUGCUCAUUUCCCCAUAAAAAGCUUUCAAGGUAUCUCUUUGGGCUUUGGGCUUUUUGUUUUGGAGCUUUGUGUGUCAUAAAUCUCUCUCUACCUCUCUCUUCUCUCUCUCUCUCUCUCUGGGUAAAACAUGUGGGUUUUCAUGCUUUUGCCUCCUACAACGACAUGUAAGGCAUCCACCUGUGAGAUUUUGAUCUCUGGGCUUUAUUAUUCUUGAGAUGUGGUUAUGAGAGCACAGCACAUCAAGACUUGACUACAGAGCAUGUCUUGUGUAGUAGUUCCUUUUUCGUGUCAGCUUAUCCAUUUCCUCUGUUAAUGAGCGUUUCAAUGCUUCUUCCUCUUCCUCUACUUCUACUUUUGGUUUUUUGACAUGUGAUUUUUCUUUGAAGUGGAAAUGGGUAUUAGAAUUCAGUGAAAAAAGAACACAAAAAAAGUGAAAGAAAAAAAAAUUACAGACAAAAGAAAAUGGAAUCUGGGAGUAGGUUUAGCUCAGCUGAUGAGUUCAGAUUGGAUUCAAAAUGGCUUAUUGACCCUAAACAUCUCUUUGUUGGGCCAAGGAUUGGAGAGGGAGCUCAUGCUAAAGUGUAUGAGGGAAAGUACAAAAAUCAGACGGUUGCCAUAAAGAUUGUUCAUAAAGGUGAAACUCCCGAAGAAAUCAUCAAGAGAGAAGGUCGGUUUGCAAGAGAGGUUGCAAUGUUGUCUAGAGUUCAACAUAAAAAUUUAGUGAAGUUUAUUGGUGCUUGUAAGGAGCCGGUCAUGGUGAUAGUUACUGAGCUUUUAUUGGGUGGCACAUUACGUAAAUACUUGUUAAACAUGCGGCCAAGGUGCUUGGAAACUCGUGUUGCUGUUGGCUUUGCACUUGAUAUUGCUCGUGCAAUGGAGUGCCUUCACUCUCAUGGAAUCAUACACCGUGAUUUGAAACCUGAGAACUUACUCAUGACUGCAGAUCACAAAACAGUUAAAUUGGCAGAUUUUGGUUUAGCUAGAGAAGAGACAUUGACCGAGAUGAUGACUGCUGAAACGGGGACUUAUCGCUGGAUGGCGCCUGAGUUGUACAGUACUGUUACAUUAAGGCAGGGAGAGAAGAAGCAUUACAAUCACAAAGUGGAUGCCUAUAGUUUUGCAAUUGUUUUGUGGGAGCUGUUACACAACAAAUUGCCAUUUGAGGGCAUGUCAAAUCUUCAGGCGGCUUAUGCAGCUGCGUUCAAAAAUGUGAGGCCUAGUGCUGAGGAUCUUCCAGAGGAAUUGGCUACCAUUUUAACUUCAUGCUGGCAGGAGGACCCGAAUGCUCGGCCAAAUUUCAGCCAGAUUAUACAGAUGCUGCUUAAUUAUCUCUACACCAUUUCCCCACCAGAGCCUGCGAUUCCUUCUAGGAUUUUUGCCUCUGAAAACACUGUCUUGCCGCCCGAGUCUCCUGGUACAAGCUCAUUGAUGGAAGUUCGAGACGAAAUAGGGGAGACUCCUAAAGCAAAUAUGGAAGACAAGCCUAAAGGGUUUUUCUUCUGCUUCAACCAAUGUUAUUAACUCGUGAACAGUUGGAAGAGAGGAUUAUGAAGUUUUUCACCUCCUCUGGGCAAUAAUGUCUAAAAGGAAGAUUAGUAAUCACAGGCUAUAGUCCCUUUGAUUACCUUUUUGAUAACAUGGUCAAUGUUUAAGUUGAUUACUUUUCCAUCAAAGUUCAGCUAUGAGAUGAAAUCACUGCCCUGUAUCUUUCUUGCUGCUAGAUUCAGCCUGUAGGAGCUUAGCUCUGAUUAGGUAAAUCAUUAACUUCUAGUAACUUAUAGUUUACAAGUAAAGUUUCUUUGUCAUGUUUUUCUGUAAAUUUCAAGAUGGAGAAACUGGAUUCCAAUUCUUUGUAAGCAAAGAAUUAUGUUAGGUUCAUAGCCAAGCCAAGCCAAGCCAGCUAGUCAUUACUUCUUCAUUGUUCCACUAUGCUUAACAUCUGGUUAUGUCAUAUAAAUUAUACUAAUCACAAGCAGAGUUCAAAUCCAAUCAGACAAGGCCCUUUUACCAAAAUGUCAAUACUAAGCAGAAUAGAAUUUGGCUCUGGCCCACCUAUACACUAAGGUGUUCUUCAUGGAUUGGUGGAGAGUGAUAGGAGAUUUGGCAGGACUCCAGGUGUCAGAUUAUUGAGAUAUAAUUUGGUUCCACACAAACCAUGUGUGCUGAAUGCGAAUCGAGAACUCCUAAUCUCUUGUUCCUAGAAAAAAUUCUGAAUAUAGAUACAAAAUGUUGAAACAUCACUGGUGAGUACCACAAGUCUUUUGUCUCAGUAAUAAUUGUAGUGUGAUAAUGUAAGGCCCCAUGUUGUUACAUGACAAAAUUUGAUUGGAAUAAGAAAAUUUCCGUACUAGUAUUGCGGGUGAUGAA